GCGUGACGCUCCGCCUCCUGCGCAAAGACGCCACCAAGAAGGGUGCGUGGCCACGCUCGGUUCCGCGCCAUCCGCCUGGAGGUUUCUUGCGGAGUGCAUGGUUUUCCCUGCCAAACGGUUCUGCUCUGUGCCAUCCAUGGAGGGCGUGCGCUGGGCCUUUUCCUGUGGCACUUGGCUGCCCAGCCGAGCCGAAUGGCUGCUGGCGGUCCGAUCGAUCCAGCCGGAGGAGAAGGAGCGCAUUGGCCAGUUCGUCUUUGCCCGGGACGCUAAGGCAGCCAUGGCUGGUCGUCUGAUGAUAAGGAAAUUAGUUGCAGAGAAGUUGAAUAUUCCUUGGAAUAAUAUUCGCUUGCAAAGAACUGCAAAAGGAAAGCCUGUUCUUGCAAAGGACUCAUUGAACCCUUACCCCAAUUUCAACUUUAACAUCUCUCAUCAAGGGGACUACGCAGUACUUGCUGCUGAACCUGAGUUACAAGUUGGAAUUGAUGUAAUGAAGACUAGUUUUCCAGGUCGUGGUUCAAUUCCAGAAUUUUUUCAUAUUAUGAAAAGAAAGUUUACCAACAAAGAAUGGGAAACAAUCAGAAGCUUUAAAGAUGAGUGGACUCAGCUGGAUAUGUUUUAUAGGAAUUGGGCACUGAAGGAAAGCUUCAUUAAAGCCAUUGGUGUUGGACUGGGAUUUGAAUUGCAAAGGCUCGAAUUUGAUAUCUCCCCGUUAAACUUGGAUAUAGGCCAGGUUUAUAAAGAAACACGUUUGUUCCUGGAUGGGGAAGAAGAAAAAGAAUGGGCAUUUGAGGAAAGCAAAAUAGAUGAGCACCAUUUUGUUGCAGUUGCUCUUAGAAAACCUGAUGGAUCUAGACAAAAGGAUGUUCCUUCCCAAGAUGAUUCUAAACCAUCCCAGAGGCAGUUUACUAUUCUUACCUUUAAUGAUUUAAUGUCAUCUGCUGUUCCCAUGACACCUGAAGAUCCUUCAUUUUGGGACUGUUUCUACUUUACAGAAGAAAUUCUAAUACGAAAUGGUACAAAGUCAUGAUAUUAUUCACUGAGUAAGAAGAGAAAGUGACAACUGUUUGUAUCUUCUGUAUUCAAUGAAAUAAAUCCUUCCUAUCCAAACUUGGGUUGAAUUAAUAGAAAUAGGGCGACAGAAUCUUCAACUGAUAAAUGAAGAUUGUAGAAAAUGCAAAUGGGCAAAAAGGAAAUAUUUAAAUCCUAUCAGAAAUCACUACUCUAAACCUGGAGUAUCUUUCUAGACUUUUUUCUUGUCAAAUGAAUCUGUAUUAACUUUUUUUUUUUUUUAAAGGGAACAUGCUGUUUUGUAAUUUUUUAAAACUGCAUCUACUCUUGAUAACUAUACCUCUAGCACAUGAACUUAUGGUUCUAGAGUACCUUCUUGUAUGAUUAAUACUAAUUUGAUCAGAGAUGAUAAUGUUCAAUUAUAUUUGGGUUGAUAACUGAGGACAUUUACAAUUCAGGGUGGUUAUGUUUUACUUUUUGUUCAUUUGUUUGGCCUCAAUUUAUUUAUUUUGCCUUAGGCUCGUUUCCCUUCUCAAUUAUAAGAACAACUGCUAUAAAGUCUAGUUUUACCUCUUAAUAAAAAGCGCAUCUAUAAGGCAGGAAAUGCUUCCCUGUUACAAUUAUUUUAUUAGUGAAGAAGAUGUCUCCCAGUGGUCCCCUGAAGAUAUCUCCACAGUUUCUGUCUUUUCAGAUCUGUUUAAAGAAAACCAGCAUCUAACACUUUCUGCCUCUUGAGCAGAUUCUGUUGGAAAAGAAAAAGCUAAGGCAGGUUUGAGAGGAUGGCAUAGAGCUACAACCUGCUACCUGCAUAAGAAAGAUAGGUGAUAACAUGCUUAUUCUCCUCUGUAUUAGACAUUUUAGUUGUCUGCAUUUUAUUACUAUUUAGUGGUGGUACAGUGAAUAUCCUUGUACAUUUUAAGGUACAUAAUUAUGUUCUUAGUGAGAUUUUUAGAAGUAGAAUAACUGAUUCAAAGGGCUUAAGCAUUCAUUUUAAAGCUUUAAUAUUACCAUAUUGCUCUUCAAAAAGGUUGUACAAUUUAUACUUCCAUUUAGUACUAUAUGUGUGGCCAUUCCACCGAUAUGCUUCCUGGUCAUCAGUAGUUAUUAUCUUUUAUUUUCCUGUAUAUUUAAUCUUUGCUAGUAUAACUGAAAAAUAUGCAUUUUUACAAUUUGCAUUUCAUUCAUUAUAAAUGAGAUAUAUUGAUGUUAUUAGCUAUUUGUGUUUUUUUGUGAUCCUUUUGCUCACCAUCUUCAUCUGUUUCUAUGUUAAAAAUAAGACAAAGUGUGAACAUAAUAUAUUAAAGACAUCGAGUCCAUCAUAUUGAUGAUAGAACCUAUUAUAUGGUUGUAGUGCAUGUCUUUGGGGUUAGUCUUGCUCUUGUUAAAUAUCAAGGAGUAAAAUAUUUCACUGUUUCUAUUACUAACAUUAAAAGUUGGGUGUAAAUUAUAUAAAAGUAGAUACUUUGCUCAGUUAAAAAAAGUGGAAUGUUUUGUAUUUCUUUCAUUAAGCAUGCUGUUACUCCAAGCAUAAUAAAUAGUGUCUUAAAAAGAUCAAACAGCAUUUAUGACAGAGAAAGUAUUGUUAUCUCUAGCGUGAAUGUAAUGGUGAUACAAAGAAUCAUUUGUCUUGUCAUUAUAAUAAUAAAAUGAUUAACAGUUA